AUGGCAUCAUCUGCUACAACUGCUUUACCAGUUAAAGAUACCGCCAAAGUAGCAGGUUCGUCAUCAAGUGGACGACCAACAUUAAAAAAUUUAACUCGAGCACGUGUACCAAGAGCAGGUGUUAUUGGCGUUAGUAUUGCUGUGGUAUCAGCUUUAACAUGGAAAAUACUUAUAUCUGAUCAACAUAAACGAAAUAUUUCUUCGUUUUACAAGACAUAUGAUCCUGAACGUGAUUAUGCUCGAAUGAAAUCAGCUGGUGUAUUUAAAAGUCUUCAGGGUCGUGAACGGCCAGAAUGGCUUAGUGAGUAUGAAAGUCAACUUGAUGAUGCUAUUGCAUCAUUACGUACGUCAGUAACUCGUAAAUGGUAA